AUGUUUGUUAAAAAUCAAGGUCCACUUGACAAAUUUAGUUGUUUUAAGUAUGAAAAUUAUUUACAGGAAAUUAAAUUCUCCAUUAAAUCUUCCAAAUAUUGUCUCCAAGAAGUUUUUAAUAGGAUUAGUGAAAAACAAAAAUUGUUUUUGGUAAAUCCACUAGAACUACAGUAUUCUGUAAUAUGUGAAAAAGAAAUAGAAAAUCGUAGUUCUUCAAUACAUUUAAAACUAACAGAUAAGCUUUACAAAACAAUUGUUUUAAAUGAUUUAGGCAUGAAAAUAAAUAUUAUAAAAGAAUGUGAUAAAUAUGUAAGCUUAAAAAAUAACUUUAUCGUUAAAGUGAAACAUAUAGUGCAAUCAGACCUCAAUAAAUCCAAUAUUAAAUUAAUUGUGCAAAGAUUUUUAAAUUGCAGUUCAUUUUAUAUGACAUCUCUUAUAGAUUCUUCAGUUCUAGGCUCAUUUAUAGUAGAUUUAACAAUUUCAGAAUGUUUUUCAGUAAAUCUUGAUGAAAUAAAAAAUAAAUGUUUCAUGAUUCCUGUUAGUACAGAUAAAGCAGUUAUUAUAGAACUUACACAUUCUUUUUUUGAAAAAUAA